CGGAAAAGGCCUGUCCGGCAGCCGAUAUAUGCCGUCGCCGGCAACCAUGUCUUAAAGACUCCAACCUGUACUCCUACGACUGCGCGUACCAAACUUCAAAUACAGAUAGAGAGAGUCCUGGAAUGGUGAGGAAAAAUACUUAAAAGCCUCUUCAAGCUAUCUCAGAACAGGGGCUUUAAUACCGUCGGUUACUUAAUGCUGGGCAUUCGCUGGCUUGUUAUCUUGGUUUCUCGUCGGUUUUCUCUUGCUCUUACACAUCUUCGAAAUCCACGGGAGCCCCAUUAAUUCAUCUAAAUUUGGUUUGCUUUAUUCUGUAUCUCACUCUCCCUUGAUUCAUGCUGAUACCUCCGAUUUUCUGGCCGUUUCUACUCCUCCGCAAAUGAGAAAUGGGUAAUGCAGGAGCACGUGUAGUGGAGCACACCGAACCAGAAUCCAAACAAAUCCCUCCUCUGCUGCUUUAUGGGUUUGUUCUCACUCAGAAAAUUGCUAUUUAUACCCUCAAAUUUGAAGAAACAAGGUGCUUCAUCAACAACAACGACUGAGUGAUUAACAGCGUGUGUUGGUGACUGAAAAUGGAAGCCGGCGUCGGAGGCGGUGGUUCCGGGGACGACCGAGACAUCCCUGAUCCUCAUGACAAGAGGAAACGCUACCAUAGACACACUGCUCAGCAGAUUCAGCGGCUUGAAGCGGUAUUCAAGGACUGUCCCCACCCGGACGAAAAGAAACGUUUGCAGUUAAGCAGGGAGCUGGGGCUAGAGCCUCGUCAGAUCAAGUUUUGGUUCCAGAACAGGAGGACCCAGAUGAAGGCACAACUCGAACGUUCUGAUAACAAUGCGCUUCGACAAGACAAUGAUAGGAUCAGGAGUGAGAACAUAGCAAUCAGAGAGGCACUGAAGAAUGUGAUCUGCCCAACUUGUGGGGGUCCUCCUGGUGGGGAGUAUUUUGAUGAAGAGAAACUGAGGUUGGAGAAUGCCCGACUGAGAGAAGAACUUGAAAGAAUAACUAGCAUCACAGCGAGGUAUACUGGGAGGCCGAUCUCACAGCUUCCACCCGUUCCACCUAUUUCAGUUUCUUCAUUGGAUUUAUCAGUUGGGAGUCUGGGAGGUCAAGGAAUGGGCGGACAUGCUCUUGAUCUUGAUCUUCUUGCCUCAAGUUCUUCUUCCGAUCCACAAUUGCCAUUUCAGACAACGGCCAUCUCAGAGAUGGAGAAGGCAGUAAUGGCAGAUCUUGCUGCCAGUGCCAUGGCUGAAAUUAUCAGGCUUUUGCAGACAGAUGAGCCCUUGUGGAGGAAGUCUACAAAUGAUGGGAGGGAUGUGAUCAACCACGAAAGCUAUGAGAGACUAUUCCCAAGAGCUUGCAGCUUGAGAAACCCAGAUACUAGUAUUGAGAUGUCAAGAGCUUCAGGAGUGGUGAUCAUGAACGGGUUGGCUUUGGUUGACAUGUUUACAAACUUGAACAAAUGGGUGGAGUGUUUCCCUACAGUGGUCUCAAGAGCAAGGCAAAUUGAAGUUCUCUCCCCUGGGAUGGAGGGAAGCCAUAGUGGUUCCUUGCAACUGAUUUAUGCAGAGUUGCAGGUUCUUUCACCACUUGUGCCAACUCGAGAAGUCUAUUUUGUUCGUUACUGCCAGCAAAUUGAGCAAGGCAUGUGGGCUGUAGUGGAUGUAUCCUUUGAUAUCACCAGAGAGAACCAACUUGUCUCACCUCUCCAAUGUCGGAGGCUUCCUUCUGGAUGCUUGAUUCAAGAAAUACCUAAUGGGUAUUCAAAGGUUUCUUGGCUGGAACAUGUGGAAUUGGAAGACAGGGUUCCUACUCCUCGGCUAUAUAGAGAUUUUGUUAGCAGUGGGAUGGCAUAUGGAGCUGAAAGAUGGCUUGCCACACUGCAGAGGAUGUGUGAAAGAUUUGCCUGCCAAAUGGUGUCGGGUGCUUCUAGUCGGGACCUUGGCGGAGUGAUCCCCUCAGUUGAUGGAAGGAGAAGCAUGAUGAGGCUUGCCCAACGAAUGGUAAACAGUUUCUGUGCUAACAUAAGCGCGUCAAGCGGGCGGUGGACGACACUCUCUGGCUUAGGUGACAGUGGAGUUCGAGUUAUCGCCCACAAGAGCACAGAACCUGGACAACCAACUGGUGUGAUUCUGAGUGCAGCAACCUCUAUAUGGGUUCCAGUACCCUGGCAGAACGUCUUCAAUUUCAUCAGGGAUGAGAGGAAUCGAGCUCAGUGGGAUCUUCUUUCCCAUGGUAAUUCAGUGCAGGAGGUUGCCCAUAUUGCAAAUGGAUCUCAUCCGGGAAACUGUAUUUCUGUUCUUCGGACUCUCAAUGCUAGCCAGAACAACAUGUUGCUACUUCAAGAAAGUUGCAUAGAUUCAUCAGAAUCACUUGUUGUUUAUUCUCCGGUAGAUUUGCCAGCAAUUAAUAUAGCAAUGAGCGGGGAAGACACCUCCUACAUCAAUAUACUGCCAUCAGGAUUUGCCAUUUAUUCCGAUGGCCGGCGGGACCAAGCAGCAGAGGGAGCGUCUUCAAGCUCACUGCAAGGUAACACAAGCAGGUCAAGUGGGUCACUCAUUACCGUGGCAUAUCAGAUACUUGUUAGCAGCCUGCCAACUGCAAGGGUGACUGUAGAUACAGUGUCUACGGUUAAUAAUGUUAUCAGCAAUACAAUUCAUCGGAUUAAAGCUGCCUUGAAUUGCCCCCGUUCUUGAUGACCUGCUAUUCAGCUUCUGUUGCUGCUGGCACUGAUCUCUCUCUCUCUCUCUCCCCCCUCUUCACCCUCCUUAAAUACAGACAUCAGAAAUCAGAGGCCCUUCCUGGCUGCAUUGAAUAGAGAGAGAGAGAGAGAGAGAGGUGUUGAGGAGUUGGUAGGGUUGGUUGGUUGGUUGGACUUGAAUGCUUUCAUCAAGAGCUGAUGUGGGUUCAUCAUCAUCUGCAACCUGGCUGCUGCUUUCGUAAUUCAUAACAAAAAACUUCAAUACUUUUACAACAGAACUUUUAUUAUUAUUAUUAUUAUUAUUUUUUACAUUUUACCUUGGAAGAAAGGUCUUUAAAGAGGGAGACGACUGCACCAUAACUGUGUCUUUUCUUGCUUUUUGGACAUUUUCUCUCAGCUUUUAAUUUUCCUUGGUAGCUUCUCUCCUUCCCUAUAUCUCUCUCUUCUCAAUUUCUCAGUUCUCUAUAUAAUCUUCCUUCUGUGCCUGUCUGGACUUCCUUUUCCUUUAAAAUUUUCUCUGUCAUGAGCUCCCCACCUAAUACAGGCCCAAGAAAAGAGUUUAGUUUGGUUUAGCUUCCCUUUCUUCUGAAUCCAUACAUCAGUCUCUUUAAUCUCUUUUCUUCUUCAUUAUCUAUCUUCACAAAAAAGGGUAAUGGUGCGGGUUUUGAGUUCUGUUCAGUGACUUCUUUUCGUCUAUGAGUAUGGAUCAGCCAGUUAUAGGACAGUUUUCAAAUAUUUCUCUCAAAAACAAGUUUUGGAGGAUCACCAAAUUUUUAACUCCCAUACCUUGAAUUAUGUUUCAAUUAGUUAAUUCCUGUCUUGCAUAGGGCCUAGUCAAUAGGUUGAGGGCAAAGUGGACCCCACUAUUAACAGCUUGGAAUUUGUUUGUUAUAGAGCAUCAUCAUCAAUUAGUCCACCUUGUGUUUUUUCCUAAUGUUAGAAGGAAGGACGGAAUGCCAACAAUAUCUGCUUUACUUUUGUCCUACUCAAAAGAGAACAUUUGAUAUGAAUGAUAUAAUGAAUAUUUUCAGUGAUGUAUUUCAUUUGAAAAAUUAUCAGUUUUUUGUACUGAUCA